GUCCAAGUGCCUAUGUUCUGUGACUUUUUCUGCAGGAAUAGUUCUCUAUGAGUCUUGGAUGCAUUUUACCCUGGCAAGCAUUGGAGACCUCCGACCGAACACAGUUCAGCAGUACCUUUGGUAAUUCAGCAGAAUGCCUGUCCCCAAGAACACAGAUGUGUUCUCAGUUGUCUGGGAAUAACAAUGAUGUCCUGUACCAUCUUAAGAAACUAUUUUUUUUUUUAGCUUUGCCAAAGUCCAGGAUUGAGCUUAUGGUAAUGUAUGUAUGUAUACAUAUAGGAAAUCUGAACCUUUUCUUCAGAGAAGCUCAAGCUAUUUAAUGACAAUUUGACCAUUUGGAGAAGGGCUUUGACUUUGUCCUGUUUAGGGUAUUUGCUCUGGUUAAUUUUCUGUGUGGAUUCACUAGCUGAUGUGUGGCCAUCUCAGAGAUUUGGGGUCUCAUUCCAUAAUUUAUGUGGUUGUGACUCAAAAGGUUUCGCCACACAUGAUAAAUGGUAACAAUAUCUUCCACCUAAAUAGGGGAUAGCGGAGUGUCAUUAUUUUCACACCAUUUUGGUGGUGUAACUGAUAACCAAAACAUUUUGUUCAAUUUAUCCAAAGUUUUCAGCAACCCAGGAUGCCACUGCAGUUAAGACAGCUGUGUCAGAAUGGUGGCAAACUCUGCCUGGCUGAAAGGCAGUCACGGAAGACAGAGGCUUUCUUCUUGAUAACCGUGCAGCAAUGUAUUUGCAAAGGAACUUGCAGUUCCGAGAGCUCCAGGUUGGAUGGCCACUGACUCCUCUUCCUAAAUGGAAAGGCUGCGGCACUAAGUUUAGCAGACAGGGAGCCUCCCAAGGGUGGGGCCUGAGUUUCUAAUGUGUUCUUCAUUGUGCAGGGUGGGAAGGAACUGAUGGUUGGACCUCAGCUGCCCCACUGCCAGUCUGUCGGGAAGGGAUUUCUCUUCUUAAGCAACACCAAAAUGGACAUAAUGAAUUUCAUGUUCAUCCUGUUGCCCGCCGGAGGCACCAGGCCCAUCGCCAGGUUUUUUCUGCUUUUGCCUUAAGCAGCUGAGUCUUGGACAGUUUCCUGUAAUCGCCAAACAAAGCCUGUUUCUUCAUGUGCUAUUACUUAAGUACAAGUGAUAUCAAAAAACGAUUCCUGAGCCCUUUGAACGAGUGGCUUAUUAGCUACAGAGAUGAUGGGAGUAUGGUUAGGACAUUAGGAAGAACACUGGCAUACAUGGAAAGAGAUGGGGCUGCAGCAGCACCCCCAUUCACCAGCCACUCAGCAGCCUGUCUGAGCCUCCAGGCUGCUCUCCACAGUGCCGAUGACACCUUGUCAGCUCUCUGGCCUGCAGCCUGUGUCCCCUGUGAGCUGGGGGGACUGAAUGGGACACAGGCAACGAAUCACAACAAAAUUUCAGGAAGCUCAUUAUAUUAUCUCAAUUAUCUUUUCCAUGAACCUCUGAGUCCAGACCAUAGCCACAGGAUUAUAAAAAUUAAGAGCCAGAUGGGACCUAUCAUCUUGCUUUGUUUUAUGAGUGAGGAAACCGAGGCACAGAGCGGUUACAUGAUUAGCUUCAGAUCCCACAGUGAAGUUGUUGCUGAGCCAGGAUGAGCACUAAGGCCUGCUGGCCCACUGUUCCGCUGACCUGCCGUUGAGAGUCUCAAGCACUGAUGGGGCUUUCUGGGCCCCAUAUUCUUGUGUUUCCAAAGCAAACUUCCCAUGCAAUGAUAUAUUUAGAUCAAUCUCAACUCCAAUCAGUACAAAACAAGUGAAGGACAAGUGUAUUUGCAUCUAUAGCUAUUUAGGUAAACUGAAGUUAAAUAAAAUUUAAAAUCCAGUUCCUUAGUUGCAUUAACCAAAUUUCAACUAAUUCCUAGCUACAUGUAGCUAGUGGCUACCACAUUGGACUGUGCAGAUACAGAACGUUUCCAUGAUGGCACGGGGUUGGAUCGCACUGAUAUGGAUUAUCCCAAGGAUCCAAAAAAAAAAAAAAGUACUGGAGUAAUAUGAUUAUUAAUAACUACUAAGCAGAUUUUCUAUCGUUAUACGCAAUUUUUCUAAGGCAAUCAUUCUGUAUACUUUUUAAUUUAGUGUGCAUUCUGAAGAUGACAUUUUAUGUCUUUUAGCAUUAAUAUAAUUUAUAGCCAUUUGGCAAUUCUUAAAGCCAUUUUGUAAGUUUGUUCUUCUUUUUAUAUAAAUAAAGGAAAUGCAACACAGAAAGUUACCCACAGAACAAGAUAAAAAAGAAUAGACAUUUUAAUUAUUUUGUUUUCAUUCUCCCAAAGGAAGCCUGCAAAUCACUGGGCCUUACAAAAGUUUGUUGUCCUAAAACUAGUAAAAAUAAUAAUAUGUUGAAUCAAUUAUUAUAGUUUUUAUAAUAGUUUACUGCCUAGAUGAAACUCAGAAGAUUUUGCAUAUACUCUGUUGAUCUAGUUCUUUUUCUUUUAAAAUAGGGAAGUAGGUCAGUGCCUGGGCUAAAACUAAAAAGCACUCAUUGUUUUUCCAAACGUCAUUUCAUUUUCAUCUUGACUGUGACAUGGGUGAUACCAUUGCCUACUGGCAUAGUGCUCGCAGACUUGUGGUCCUACUCCAUAUGGCAUGUGUCUUAGAAGAGCCUUCUAGCUGGCUCCUUGCCAAGGGUUCUAGCAGAAUUGGCACCAGGGAUCUCAUUGCAGUUUGCAGGCAGGGUGCCAGCAGAGAUGUGUGCCUCUGUGACCAGGGCCUGCGAGUGGUCACCAGUUGGGAAACGUCAACCUAGAGAAACGUAGCUCAUGGAACAUGAGGCCGAGAUGGCUGACCUUCACCUCCCAUUGUAUCCACAUUCCCUAAGCACCUUUUGUGUGACUUUGGAAAAGUCAGUAUAUCUCUGCGACUCUCACUGGGUUCCUUUCCAAAACAGAUAAUGAUGCCAAUGGGAGCUGUUGAGAGUAUUGUAUAUCGAGUACUUGGCAAAGGUUUCUGGCAUAGAGUAGCCCCUCAAUAAAUAUUACUUGAAUUUGGAUGUAAAUUCUUGGACUGUGAGAGGCAGUGUACUCGAUGUUCAGAAUGUCUAGGGAGUGAAGAGGAGCAAGCUAGUCUAGUUUUCUAAGCCCACGAUGAGAUCCUUGCAAAUAGGACACCUUAUCAACGGUCUUGCUGAGAUCUGGAGUAUCUGUUCCUGUAAUUACCUGUCUUUGAAGAGCACAUUGGCUCUCCUUGGUUUCGGACAGGUAACUCAAAAUGUUCAACUGUUGAACACAUAGCAUCUGGCUUGCUUAGCAGUGUCAGUGCUACAACCCCAUGAGGACAACAGAAUUCAGUGAGUCUCCUCUAUAAAUGAGCAUGAGCCAGGGAGAGAGUUGGGAAUCCAGAGCAGGAUUCGGUUGGGCGGAUGAGAAGGGAGUAAACCAAACUGCUGCAGCACUGUCGAGAUUCAGGUCAUGUGAUGUGGUAACGCCAGGAGGGUGAUUGGUGGAACAGGACCACCUAUUUUGCUUUUGAUCAGGAAGGUGUUGGGGGUGGUAUUUUAACUUAAACAAGUGGACAUAAUUGGAUUUUCUUAAGGAAGGGAUUGUCCUGCCCUUAGAACUUAAUGCAAAUCUUUGGAAAAGUUGCUUCCAAAAGGGCAGGUAGCAUGGCAAGGAUGUAGAUGCAGAUGAGAGGUGCUCAUGGGUGACUAUGUAGGAACAGAGAAGAAGGGAAUCUGUGGAGAUGGAGACACAUUAUGUGACUGAGUAAAUGUGGGUUUCAAAGUACCCUAAAGGGGGGAUUCAAAAAAAUGUAAAGUACAUAUCACAGUAUUUGCUAUGUAAGUAAUCACUAAAAUACACAUUAUUAUUUAGGAUAGGAAUUGUGUUGUAGUCUUUACUGUAAAAAUUUUGAAUUGAAAAGUAGAUUUUUGAUGGUCACUCAUUUCACAUCCUUCACAGAUGCAAAGAAAGAAUUAACAGUAGGAAUAGCCGACACUGAAAGAGCCCUUACUUUGUGCCAUGUCCUGUAUUAAGCACAUGAGUCUAAGAGAAUGGAGUUCACUAUCCCCAUUUUACAGAUGAAGAGUCUGAGCCCAGAGUAGCACAGUUAGGAAGUGGUGGUGCCAGAACUCAGAGCCACUGUGCUACAGUGCCUCAAGAUGAGAAGUCUUUAUGCAUGGGGGUGAAGCAUGGCUCAUGGGGUUGAAUUAUACAUGGAUACCUUGCCACAUACAGGCCAGAGGUGUGAGGCAUAGGACAGCUCCUCAGCUUUCCUUACUUGAUGCAUCUUGGUGAGUUUGUAUUUUCUGAGAAAGAAUAAGUGGCCUCUCACUUGCAGAAGCAUGGAAGAUAGCUUGCUCUAGAAUUCUGAGUUCAGACCCUAGAACUAAGUACACUGCCAUUCCAUUCUCUAUUGUGUUACAUUAUGUGCUCCGCAGAUGAGGGCAAUAGCCCCAUUUUUUUAACUUGUGUUUUUUGUUAGCUGAGACCUGUGGCAAAGCUUCCUCUUUACAUUCUAGCUGGGUGUAAACAGCAGUAACCACAAGUCUUUCCUGUCCCAGAAAUAAGUCUUGCCACACGCUCAACCCCUGACAGGGUGUGAACAAGACCUGCUAUGCUGCCAGGGACUCCACCACCUCGGCCCCGCUCAGCCCCAAAUUCACAGAGUUAAAGUGUUUAUGGAAUUCUCAAAGAGCGAUUUGAAAAGGAUAGGUGCAUAAGAACAAGAUAAACAAUCUAGCUCUAAUAUAAACAAGCAUUACAUUACAGCGAAAUUGUUGAGAGAAGAUUUUGUACUCAAUAUUUUAUUCAGCAGAACAUUUUUUAUAACAAUAAGGUUGAUUAGCGCAAGCUCUGAAAGUGCUUCAAGUUAGACAGUCUGAUUGUUUAUCUCAAGGAUAAAAAAGUGGUAAAAUAGAGGGAUACAAAGAAGCAGAAAUUGAAGCUGGGACCUAGCGAAGAGUAUUUGACAUUACUUUACUCUUCAGGUUGAAUCUCAUUCAUGAUUUCUCCUUUCCAUAGGUUUCUGACUUUUUAACCAUGAGUAAAUAUCUUCUUUUUAGGGACUUAGGACUAUCCUAGGACCACAGCAGAUUUGAAGUAUUCUGAUGGUUUGUCUGAUGGUUCAUUUUAACCAAAUAAGUAGCUCUCUGGAAGAUCGUUGUCUACCCUCUUGGUAGUACCAGGAGACUACAGUGAAAUCACGCCUGGCCCUUGCAGUUUAGUUUUAGUUAAUGUGUCCCCUUUCUGACUUCUCUGCUUCUUGGGGUGGGCGUACUGUUGGAGGAGGCUCUAUAGGAGCAGCGUCUGCCUGCUUUGUUUCAGCGCCUUCUAUUUUCACAGGCCGAGAAGCUGGAGCAAGAGUGCAGUGCUGCAAAUGAGUGCUGCCGAGAGACAUUCAGCCUUGUCACUUGGCAGAGUAGCUGGGUUCAGGGUAUAUUUGGAGGUGGAGGGUGGGGGAAGAGGGUAUGUGGUUUUGCUCUACUGUUUAUUCCUGCUCAAAGGAGGGUGGGGGCAAGUAAAAAAGACAUGUGUUCAUCAUCGGAUUACUUGAUGGUGACUAGAAUCGCAGGCUCUAUACAGCAUUUUCUUCCAAAUGGGGAUUUUGGAAACAGCAUUGAGGGGGACUGAUAUGCAAAAGCUUAUGGCUGUGCUCUCUGUCAGCCCCAAAUAUUUACUAAAGCUGGGAGAAGAAAAGGCAGACUUUCUUUUUUUCUCUCCCAAACGUGUGAUUGUUUAGAACUCAAGUGCAACAUCUGGAAGUCAGAUAUACAGAGAACAAUUUAUGGAGUGUGAAAGAUUUGAAAUAUUCAGUGUCCUUUAGUGGGAACUCAACUUUCUGGGGCUUCUUUUUUUAUUAUUUUUUUUAACCCAGCACAAAGCAGGCAAUUCUGAGAUCUCCUUUUGCCUCUCUGAAUUAAACCCUUUGUGCCUGGGUCCCAUAAACAAUGUGCUUUUUAAAGGGGAGCCCCCUCCCAGCUCCGGCCUUUUUCUCCAGCGUGGGCAGCCAAUCAGCUGCGCAGAGCUGCAUAGCUGGACCGCUUUCCAUUCUGAGUAGCAACAACGUACUAAUUUGAUGCACACAUGGAUGCCUCGCGCACUCUGCAAAUUCAUCACCCGCAUCUUGCAUUAGUCAUCUGACGGACUGCCAAGUGUUUCAUUUUCUUUCCAUGUGACUUUAUUAUUACCACCUCUCUCCUCUCUUCCAAAAACCUCCCAAAAAGGGUGGUGGGGCGGGGGGGGCGGGGCAGGGAGAGGGAGAGAAAUCCAGCAGGCAUCUAGCUCUGCCUUUCUUUCCCAGCCACAGCCAGGGUAGGGCUGAUAACGCGCUGAUGCGUUGAUGGCAGCCUUGCAGAGCUAGACCUGCACUUAACUUGCAGCUGCCUCCCGAGCCUCCAAGAUGUCCACGCCCUGGAUGACAGGCGGCGGGGCGCUGCCCUGUGCUCCCGCAGCUCUGCUCGACAGCAGCACGCAGUGAGAGCCUCGCCGCCGCCGAGGAGCAACUCAUGUAACGGCACAGCCAACAAGAUGAACGGAGCUUUGGAUCACUCAGACCAACCAGACCCAGAUGCCAUUAAGAUGUUUGUCGGACAGAUCCCCCGGUCGUGGUCGGAAAAGGAGCUGAAAGAACUUUUUGAGCCUUAUGGAGCCGUCUACCAGAUCAACGUCCUGCGGGACCGGAGUCAGAACCCUCCGCAGAGUAAAGAUGCAUCAUCCCAUUCAGAUGAAACCUGCAGAUAGUGAAAAGUCAAACGCUGUGGAAGACAGAAAAUUGUUCAUAGGAAUGGUUUCGAAGAAAUGUAAUGAGAAUGAUAUCAGGGUGAUGUUUUCUCCAUUUGGCCAGAUAGAAGAAUGCCGGAUCCUCCGGGGACCUGAUGGGCUGAGUCGAGGCUGUGCGUUUGUCACAUUUUCUACAAGGGCAAUGGCACAGAAUGCAAUCAAAGCCAUGCAUCAGUCUCAGACCAUGGAGGGCUGCUCUUCACCUAUCGUGGUGAAGUUUGCUGACACUCAGAAGGACAAAGAGCAAAGGCGCCUCCAGCAGCAGCUCGCUCAGCAGAUGCAGCAGCUCAACACUGCCACCUGGGGGAACCUGACGGGGCUGGGCGGACUCACCCCGCAGUAUCUGGCGCUCCUGCAGCAGGCCACCUCCUCCAGCAACCUGGGUGCGUUCAGUGGCAUUCAACAAAUGGCAGGCAUGAAUGCUUUACAGUUGCAGAACCUGGCGACGCUGGCUGCUGCUGCAGCUGCGGCCCAGACCUCAGCCACCAGCACCAAUGCAAACCCUCUCUCUACCACGAGCAGCGCCCUGGGAGCCCUGACAAGUCCCGUGGCUGCUUCGACCCCAAACUCCACUGCUGGUGCAGCCAUGAACUCCUUGACCUCUCUCGGGACUCUGCAAGGACUGGCUGGGGCCACUGUUGGACUGAAUAAUAUUAAUGCACUAGCAGGUACCAUCAACAUUGCUCAAAUGCUCUCAGGUAUGGCGGCUCUGAAUGGAGGACUUGGCGCCACAGGCUUGACGAAUGGCACGGCUGGCACCAUGGACGCCCUCACCCAGGCCUACUCAGGAAUUCAGCAGUACGCAGCGGCCGCGCUGCCCACUCUGUACAGCCAGAGCCUGCUGCAGCAGCAGAGUGCUGCUGGCAGCCAGAAGGAAGGUCCAGAGGGGGCAAACCUCUUUAUUUACCACCUUCCACAAGAAUUUGGAGACCAGGACAUUCUGCAGAUGUUCAUGCCUUUUGGAAAUGUUAUCUCUGCUAAAGUCUUCAUUGACAAACAGACCAAUCUGAGCAAGUGCUUUGGUUUUGUUAGCUACGACAAUCCAGUCUCUGCACAAGCUGCUAUCCAGGCUAUGAAUGGCUUUCAGAUCGGCAUGAAACGCUUGAAGGUGCAGCUGAAGCGCUCCAAAAACGACAGCAAACCUUACUGAUCCUAACCCCAGAGGCUCCCUGCUCUCAUUUUAGCUUUCUUAGGGUAAGUCCCACGAGCCAGCCUGUCUCAACAGGAAAGGCAGAGGAGGACCACAUUGCCAACUUUUACCAAGAGAGACGGUUAUUUUUACAAUAAGGCCUCCAUGUCCCCACCCACUUCCCCUACCCAGUUUGCCAUAAUUAAAACUUGGCCUACCUUGUUUCUAUUGAGUAAAUUCCUCCUCCAGUUGUGCCACUGUAUUCUCCUUUGUUUUGCAAUUUGAAUCUCCUUUUACCUUUUUCUUAAAUUUUUUUUGUUUUUGCUUUUUUAAAGAGAAGCAUAUACACAAAUAAAUGGCAUCUUGAGAAUUUAAAAGGCAAACAAAUGCUAAUGUGCAAUUCUAACUCUGAAACCACUGGUGCCCCAAGAGCACUGCCUGGAGAAUUCACCCCUCCUUGCCCGGCACCCGCCCCUGGAGGGAGGGCCCGGCACUUAGAGGUUAACGUGGUGGCCUAGGAGAGGGAGAAGCCAGGAGAAGCACUUACUCCAACCACACGUCUUUCCACUACAUCGGCUUGUUUUACUAAGUAGGAUUUUAUUUUAGGGUUCAAAGAAACAUAACAUUUAUUGGUCAAAUUAUUACACUGGUUGUCUACUUUGUUAUUUUAUUUUAGUUUUUAGAAAGGAUUAAUGUACAAAAAGAUUUAGAGAUCUGUUUCUUAAAGCUACAGGGUUUAAAAAAUAAAAAUGAGUGAAAAUACUUGAUGUUUCUUGAAAGAUAAAUUUAAUAAUAAUAAAUAAAUACAUAAAUACAUAAAUAAAAAAGAAAGCCACAGGCCUGUAAAUUUUAUUUGUAAAAAAAGCAUUUCUAUUUUUAUACAAAAUUUUUACUGCCUCAGAAAUAAUGGAAGUUAUUUAUUGCCUAUUGUUAACUUAUUGGGUACCUAAAGAGCAGUUCUCUGUCUAGCUAGAACCUUCUGAAGUAGUCUCUAGAGGAAUUGUUCUAGGAAUGGGCUUUUUUUCACCGUUGAACCCUAGACCUAAAGUUCAUGCUUUAUCUUCUCGUUGUUUGUAUCUGUCUGAUGAUUUUGUUCGUAACUUCCAUUAUCUAGUUUACAGUUCAGUCGUCUGACUUUCCCCGUAUGUCACAUUUGUUGAAACUGGACCCUCUCCCCUGUCCCUCACCCCACAACAUCCAGAAUCCAUCCCCUCACUCUCUCCAGAUGGAUUCUCUUGGGGUUUCAUUGUGCUGUGGAUAAAGAGUGUAAGAAAUGCAAAUUAUGUGAAUGGCUCGGAGACUCCCUAAUGACGGAAGAUUUGCAUUAGAUUUUCUCCUGCACCCUUAAAAGUUAUUUUGUUGCUGCUGCAUAGAUUCUGUGUAACUUUUUACUCUUCCUUGUUUUUUCCCUAGACAUCUUCAUGCCCGUUAGUUCAUCGUUUGCCUAGCAUGUCCCUGUGGCGUCUCAAAAAAAAAGUUUCAUCGUCCCGUCAUUGUUUCUGAUGUCUUUCUGACCUCACAUCAUAUUUGGUUCUCCUACUGACCUUUGAUCUAGUUUGACCUUUGAAAUUUGCAUGUGACCUCAUCUAGCUAUGAAUUCUGGGAAGUCAAUGUGAAAAACAUUGCUGCAUUCAUGCAAGACUGAAAUUUAUUAGACAAAUUCAUUAUAGAAAAAACCUGUGGCAAAAAUGUUUUUUUCUUAUUAUUUUUUUUCUUUUCAUAAAACAGACUUGAAAGUAUUAUACAGGGAUUGGCAUUCUUCCCGGUCACUGGUAACAAUAGCAAUAUGUGUCCAGGGACACAGAAUGUUGGUUUCUAACAGACUACUUCCAAAAACAGUUUGAGAAAAAAACUGUCUGAUUUUAAGUCUCUAGAGGUCUGUAAUAGUUUUUACAUUUUUCAGGCAGUGUAAAGUUUUUUGAUAAGGCCAUUUUAGGUGGCUCACUUUCUCAUUAAGAUAUAUAUAUAGAACCACUUUUUGUAGAUUAGUAUAAGAAAAAUAUUUACCCUGUUUUGGGGCAAAUGCUACCUAUUUGUGUCACCUUUUGCUGAACUCACAGUUAGACAAUCCAUGGUUUAAUGCACAUGAAAUUACCUAUAUUUUAUACUGUUUCAAUGUACAGGAGAAAGGUUACUGUAAACUGUGUUAUGUUGGUGCUUCUGUGAAUUAAGUUGUGGUUUCAUCAUGAGUCUUAUGGUCUUAAUGUUCUUUGUUGAUAAGACAAGUUUAGAAUUGGUUUACUUAAUACAAAAAAAAAAAAAGAAUUUAAAAAAAAAAAAAAGUUGUUUGCUUAAAACAAAUUUCAUGUGAGGGGGAAAAAAAAAAACCUAUUCCAGAAUAAGUUUUGUGUUGGCUUGUGAAGCAUUGAUGUCAUUUUUUUUAAUUGUGAACUAUUUAGAUGUGUUUGUGUUCAGCAAAAUGUGAUCUGUUUUUUCUUUUAAAGAAAAAAAGUGAAAAUAUAUAGUGCCAAAUUCCAAAGGUACUUCCUUCCUAGAGCUUCAGUGUGUUUCUUGUGAGAAGUAAUUUGAUAACAUGGGUAUUUUAUUAUGUGUUUUGUAUAAAUCCCUAAUAUUUAAAAAAAAAAAAAAAAAGUUAAAAACUUUGUUAACUUGCUAUCCUGUGGUCUUGUUGCCUGAAAUUGUUAUUGUUUGUUAUUUCUCUGAUGUUUUUUGUAAGACAUUGUAUAAGUGCCCAUGUCCCACUUUUUUAACCACUCCGCACAUCAGUGCUGUGAAGGCAACCUCACCAUGUAUUUUCUUCAUAAUCUAUGGAAACCUCUAAGGUGAGAAAGUUUUGAACUUUUAACCCUUUCUAACCAGAGCUAUCUGGAAUGUUAACCUUUUCUACUGUCAUGAUUUGAGUUUGUUUUGGGGUGUUUCUAAUUUGGAUAUUUUUCCCUGCAUCUAUCCUCUAAGUAAGUUGUUUCCAAUGACUACUUUUUCUUUGGUUAAGAUCCAAAAGAAUUAAGAUCCAAAAGAUUCCAUGAGGCCAAUCUAAAGGGAAAAAAAAUCCUAUACUACUUUUGAUUAUUUCUCAUUGUUUUUUGGAAAAGAAUUCCUACUGUGCUACUAGAAUUCCUUCUGGAGUUUUAAUUAGUAAUUGGAUAAACCCUGAGGGAAAACGGAGGUAGAUUCAGCACCUAACAAUCCUGUAUGCUUUUGAGAUCACAUUUAGCGGUGUGUCCUAGUCUACAAUAGUUUCAUAUACUGUGCAGUAAAACGACUUUGUGGCAGGAUAGUCUUGUGAGGGGUUUUGCUUUUGUUUCUUAACUACUCCUAAAUACUGUUUCUAAUCAGCCAUUAUGCUGGGGCAUCUCCGACCCCAGUAGAUACCUCUGAAUAUACCAGGUGUCUGGAGUUAGAAGCCCAUCGCCCUUUUCCAGCCUUCUUGUUUUUCUUGUUUAAUUGAACGCAUUUAAAGGGGACUGACCAUCUAAGUAAAGCUCAGUUCUUUAUCGCAAUUUACUGACCAAAUACCUAGCACCAAUUCCUGCUGCCACUUUUUAAAGUGCCAUAUGACUUUCUGUGAACAGGUACCUUGCUGUCUUGACAAAUCCUAAUGUCACACAUACUGCCCCAACACAAACUCCAGCCUUCCUCUCUAGCAUGCCCCGGAAGCUUCUUGAUCUCAGCUCCCCUUCCCUGCUCAUCACCCUGUUAGGAUCAGUGUGUGUGGAUGUGAUAGCCCUGGGAUGGAAAGGACUAGCCUCUACUGAUGCAAAAAAAAAUUAAUAACAAACGUUUCCUUCUUAAAGCACAUGCACUUACAAUGACAUGAUUUGUAUUAUCGUCACACGUGUUUACUACUGCUGGGGCCUUCCUUCAUCCUCUGAGGGCUAUUUUGUACUUCCUGCAGCAAUCAGCUUAGUAACAACAGUUACCACAUCUGUCUCUCUGAGAAGACGAUGUGUGUCAACACAUACAUGGAAACACAAGAGCCCACCACUUGAAUUUCUAAGACUAUUUCAUUCUGAAACUCCUUAUCAAUUAAAUAAACCUCAACGAAAACCAAUUUUGAUUUCUUUACUGAAGCAGAUGCCCCUCCCCAUUUCCCUCUCAACCCACCUGCAUGCAUCUCCCCCAGAGGAAACACUGAGGGCAGGGGACAGGAGGCUCAGGACCCGCACUCCCAGUCGAGUGUUUCUUCUUCACAAGUAACCAAGAGAGGGCAUGAGGGGGAAAGUCCUUUUUUGCCCUUCUCUAAAAGAUAACUUUCUUCUUCAGAGACAAACUGUCCUUCUAUCCACUUGAUCUUUUAGUAUCAAAAGGACAAAGCUGCAAGGGUGCAAAGGGCCUAUGCCAGAAGAAAACACACAGGGAAACUGCUUUUUUAAUCAAAUGUAGAGAAUAGUUAUUUGUAAUCUAAAUUAGAGAAUUGUGAUACAAUGGCAGUCCUCAAAGGCUUAAUGAGUUCAUCUUUCUUUCACCAUAGGGGUUAGAGUUAUUUGGCUUGUGCUACUCUGGAAUCAUUUCACUGUUUGUUUUUAUUAUCUUAAGUGCUAAUUAAAAAAAUAAAAUUUUAAAAAAAACUUGUAGUUUCAUUACCUUUUUGAAUAAUGUCAUACAAAAAAUGUAUUUGUGUUUUUUUUGUGCUGUGAGAAUUGAUGUUUAUAGAUUAAUAAUCAUUUUGUUUAGAAUUACAAACUAGUUUUUAAAUAUUGUCUGAGAAAAGCCAAAGUUAAUGCACCCUAGUGGAAACUGUAAGACCAUUUGAGUAUUGUUUGUUUUAUUGAUGCAUUUGGAUUUUGUUGUUUGAUGGAAUUUGAGCCAAAAAAAAGAAGAAAAAUACGCAGGCUUUCCUAUUUCUACAACUGAUUGUACUUAAGCAUUUUGUACCAGUGGAACUUUUUAUACUGGAGAUUAAAAAAAAGUGGAAAUUUUUGUGGCUUACUCUGGUGGGCCCCUGACAAUGACUGAUUUCAAGUUUGAUUUUGGGUUGAUAGAAAGAAAGUUGCUUUUCUUUUGAGAAUUAAAAACUUUGGCUUGAUUUCUUUUUUCCCUUUGCUUAUAUCUAGCAUUAGAAUUUUGUCUUAAAAUAACAGCGGUAAGUUUCACUUUUUAUUCUGUAUUGUGCAGUUAACACAAUAAGGUAAUUAGAUUUAGAAGUACUCAGUCACUUUAAGUGGAUAAAUGUAUUAGUUAAAACUUUAGGGUUUGCUUUUUUGCUGUUUAGAUCAAAGUUUUUUCUGAUUCUUCUGUCCUCAUUGUGAACAUAACUGUGUAGUUGAAACAGUCAAACUUAUUUUUGUAAUGUAUGUUAUUGUGUGAUGCAGUUUUUUGCUUCUGUCUCCAAUAUUAAACCAUUUUCCUAAUA